AUGCCUGUCUUUGAUGGGCGCGGGCUUGUGCCACCGGCGCCUUCCGAGGCCACGGGGGUGGUGGCCCCAGUACUGGUGUCUUCUGGCGAUUCUGGCGAGGAGGAGAGGCCCGAUUCGGAGGCGACCCUGGAGGGGGAGGGGGAGACCUCUCCUCUUGUAGCGGACCUUCUCGGCGCCCUUCCUGACGACGACGAGGCCGGUGACCAUUCGGUGAGGGAGUCCCAGGCCCCUGCUGGGGUCACCACGAGGUCCAAGGGCACCCCCUCGAAGAAACCGUCGACCGGGGCUCCGACGAGGAGCAGUGCUGCCGCCGGGCCGGCUGCUGCAGCCUCAUCUGCUCCUGGAACUCGCAAGCCGACACCCCAGGCUGCGAGGCCCCCGGGCUCCGCGCUUCUCAAGAGGCCGCGGAACUAUGCCGCCGUGGACCAGCCGACGCCGGCGGCGAAGAAGAAGAGAGAGGGAGUGGCCGCACCCUCGGGGACCCAGCAGCCUGGCACGGCCACACCUCCUCCAGCACAGAAGUGCGGCAACAGCCCUCGCGCCGCUCCGGCUUGGUCAUCCUCGCGAGGCGCGGAGGACCGUCCCCAGGAGAAGGCGACCUCCAUAGCCAAGCCGGCUCUGGAGGCGCCCGCUCUCAGCUCGCUGGCCGAGGUCCCGCUGGCCCCGGAGCUCCCAGCUUCUUCUUCUGCUGCCAUCAACUCACAGAUCUUGGCAACGAAGCUGCCUCCUCCUUCCGCCACACCACUAGCUCGUGAUCCUUCUGCUUCGCCCGACGCUUUGGAGAAAGCUCUUUCUGCGCUGACCCGGCUCCGGAACGACCUUCAAGGCGCUGACCGUCGCCUGGUGACGGGGCGCCUGGAGCUGAUCUCAGCUUCCGAGGAGGACAAGCGGGCUGCCGACCAAGCCGCGGCCGCCUGUGAGGUGGCGCUGAAGGAUGCCGAGGCCACCAGGGAGCGCUGCAGGGCGGCGGUGGUCGAGCUGGAGAACCUGCACAAGGAAUGGGCUGCCAUGGCUCGCCAGCUCGAGGUGCGGGAGGAGAAGGUGAAGGCACAAGAAGAGGCGGUGACCGGCCGUGAUGCUGAUCUGGAGCAGCUGGCGCAGGCGCAGGCCGCGGAACGCGAUCGCCUCAAGAAGCUGGAGAAGGAGGUGGAAGCGGAGAGGGUCCAGCUGGAAAUCAAGGCGAAGGUUCUUGCCGAGGAUCGCGAGGCCUUCAAGUCCCUUGAGGAGAGAUCCCGCGAGGUGCUGCGGGAACUCUACGAGAAGGACUUGGAGAAGCCUUUGGUGACUGAUGACGACGGACCCGCCCAGCUACUUCCUCAGCUCAUCACGGUGCUCGAGGACGUCAUCAGCGGAAUCGGCCCCAUGGUGGAGGGGGAAGUGCGCGCUCUUUCCUCGUCGGCCUUGACGCGCGUCCUCAGCCAUCUUCACCUUCGAGAUCCCAAUGCUGACCUUGGUGUCCUGCUCGAGCCUGUAGAUGAGGAGCGCUGUGUAGCUGCUGCCAAGGCCGUGAAGGGCCAAGUGGAGACCUUGCUGAGGAAGUUCCUUGCUAUCGACCCUGCACCUCCAGCCGAUGGUGCCGCCGAUCUCGCAACCAAGGCCAACGACACGAUCGACGGCGACGCUGUCGACAGGAAGGCGCUCCCUGACGAUGGCACCCAAGGUUGA